UCCCUGAAGCGGCUCCGAGGGGCGCGUCCCCAGGCGUCGGUGCCGGCUCGGGGACUGGCUGCGCUCUUGAGCGCUCGGGGCCGCAGUGGGAAGGACCCCCGCCUCUCCUGGAAGCCCAAGGCCCGGGUCCACAGCGCCCGCCUUGGACCUGGGACCCGACGGAGCCAACACGCUCAGCCCGGGCCCGCCGCAGGCGGGGCUCUGCCUCGUCUCUGACAUGUCGCCCACUCUCUCCCACAAGGACAACAGUCGGCAGCGGCGGCCAGGGACUUUCAACCACGUUCUGGACAUGAAGAUCGGCCCCCUGCCGCCAGGCAGCUGGGAGGACAGCCACCCGGCCUCAGCGGGCGGGGAGGGGGACCGGGAGGCCCUCCUGAGGGACCCCAACCCCGUGGACUUCCCCAAAGCCCCGCGCGGCUGCCGGGCCGAGCUCAGCAGCAUUCUGCUGCUGCUGUUCCUCUACGUGCUCCAGGGCAUUCCGCUGGGCCUGGCGGGCAGCAUCCCGCUCAUCCUGCAGAGCAAAAACGUCAGCUACACGGACCAGGCCUUCUUCAGCUUCGUCUUUUGGCCCUUCAGUCUCAAGUUGCUCUGGGCCCCGUUGGUGGACGCGGUCUACUUUAAGAACUUCGGUCGGCGCAAAUCCUGGCUGGUCCCUACACAGUAUAUAUUAGGACUCUUCAUGAUCUACUUGUCCACCCAGGUGGACCGUUUGCUCGGGAACACGGACGGUAGGACCCCCGACGUGGUCACUCUCACCGUGACGUUCUUUUUGUUUGAAUUCUUGGCCGCCACUCAGGACAUUGCGGUGGAUGGCUGGGCAUUAACUAUGUUAUCCCGAGAAAACGUGGGCUAUGCUUCCACCUGCAAUUCCGUGGGCCAAACCGCUGGCUACUUUUUGGGCAAUGUUUUGUUUUUGGCCCUUGAAUCAGCCGACUUUUGUAACAAAUAUUUGCGGUUUCAGCCUCAACCAAGGGGAAUUGUUACUCUUUCAGAUUUUCUUUUUUUCUGGGGAACUAUAUUUUUAAUAACAACGACAUUAGUUGCCUUUCUGAAAAAAGAAAACAAAGAAGUAUCGGUAGUAAAAGAAGAAACACAAGGGAUCACAGAUACUUACAAGCUGCUUUUUACAAUUAUAAAAAUGCCAGCAGUUCUGACAUUUUGCCUUCUGAUUCUAACUUCAAAGAUUGGUUUUUCAGCAGCAGAUGCAGUAACUGGACUGAAAUUGGUAGAAGAGGGAGUACCCAAAGAACAUUUAGCUCUACUGGCAGUUCCAAUGGUUCCUUUACAGAUAAUAUUGCCUCUGAUUAUCAGCAAAUAUACUGCAGGUCCACAACCACUAAAUGUAUUUUACAAGGCCAUGCCCUACAGAUUGCUGCUUGGAUUGGAGUAUGCGCUUCUGGUGUGGUGGACUCCUAAAGUAGACCACCAGGGAGGAUUCCCUCUGUAUUACUACGUCAUAGUGCUGCUGAGUUACGCCUUACACCAGAUUACAUUGUACAGCAUGUAUGUUUCUAUAAUGGCUUUCAAUGCAAAGAUUAGUGAUCCACUUAUUGGAGGAACAUACAUGACCCUUUUAAACACUGUGUCCAAUUUGGGAGGAAAUUGGCCCUCUACAGUUGCUCUUUGGUUGGUGGAUCCCCUCACAGUGAAAGAGUGUGUAGGAGCAUCAAAUCAGAAUUGUCGAACACCUGAUGCUGUUGAGCUUUGCAAAAAACUUGGCGGCUCAUGUGUUACAACACUGGAUGGUUAUUAUGUGGAAUCCAUUAUUUGUGUUCUUAUUGGAUUUGGUUGGUGGUUCUUUCUUGGUCCAAAAUUUAAAAAGUUACAGGAUGAAGCACCAUCUUCAUGGAAGUGCAAAAGAGGCAAUUAAUGCACACGCUAUUGGACAUUCUAGAAGGUAACCAUAGUUUAGUUUUAAUUCAGAGAGCUAUGAUAAUCAGUACACAGGAGUAUAAAAUAAUAUUUUAAGCAAGGAAAUUGUUAAUAUAAAAUGCCAAAUGUUGAAAAGUAGUAACUUUAUGUAUGAUCAUUUUUUUUCCUUGUCUUUUCAAUGUAUUUAAAGUUUUCUUAAGGUCAGGAAAUUGGUUCGGAAACAGCUACUCUGGCCUUUUUUAUUUGAUCUAUGUCUUUUUAAUUUACUGACCAAAGCAUGUUUUAAACUGCAUUGCAGUAGUCUUCGGUGGAAACCAUGCAGUCAAGUAUUGUUCUCAGUACCUGUCAUUGAGCUGUAUUUAAAACUGCAGUAUAGCAUAUUAGAUGGAAGAGAACUUGGUAUUCAGGUUUUAACUACAAUUAGUUUGAUUUGUUGGCAGUUAAAGUCUUACUCGGAAUUAUAAAUUGGUUAAGUUUUAUGUGGAAUUUGCUGAGAAUAUAGACUACUGAAACAUUAUUUAAUUUAGUUUUUUUUUUCUUACCAUAUCUACAUUGUUCAAAUGAAUCUGUGUUAAAAAUGACUAUUUUAAAUGUAUUUCCUGCUUUUGUAAGCAUUAAAGAUUUAUAAGAUUAUUCAGACUAUUUUUUAUAAAAUGAAAGCUAUGAUUUUUAAUUUAUUGAUUUCUCCUGUUCCUACCCUGAUUUGGGGGAAAAUAUUUUGAUUCCUUGUUAACUUUUACCCUAAAGAUUAAAUAUUUUUGUUUGUCACAAGUGCUUCAAGGCACACAGACAGCUAAUGAGGGGAUCAAGUUUAGUCUUGUUUGUAUGUUCAUGGCGAAGUUUUGAAAAUAAAAAUUAAAUAUUAUUGUUCCAGUAGUUUUUUUUUUUUUUUUAAUUACCAAGAGGGGGAAAGACAGUAAAACUUUACAAUUAACUGAAAUUUAAAUGAGUAAUAUGUUUUAAAGAGACAGAGACAUUUUGUGCCUUUGACAAAUAAUGUGGUAGGAGAAAGUUGAAUGUUUCUUAAGCACUUUACUAAUAAAAAAUAUCUCAUAAUUACUUUAUGCCAAAUCAGGUACUGUAUUUUCAUUUAUUAAAAUCUUAUUUGUGCACUGUAGUUACCAGUGAAGAGUUGCUAUUCCAGAAGAAUUAAGCUCUAAGUACAUUAGUGAUUUCCAAUCUAUAAUGUGCACCCAGUGAUAAGGUUCUUUGCAUAUUUCGUGUUGGGUUGAUACUCUAACUCUUUAGAAAUUACAAAAUUUCUAUAAAGGUUAGGGCAAAUAGAUUGGGUUAUAAAUCUUAAUACUUUUAUGUUAGUAGGAAAAUAUAUACUAACUCCUGAUUUUGUUAAUUUUAUGACAUAGGUUGAAUUUUAGAAAGGGGUUUUUAUAAGUAAUGGAGGAUAAACUGGGUGGGAUAAAACAGCACACGCUGAAGAAAGAUGGGGCGGUGGCCUCUAGAACGCAUGCAUUGCCAUUGGAAAGCCUAUAUUGGGCAUCACAGUCAGAUCCUGAAGAAUCACCCGGAAAAAUACCCACCCUGGAGGCAAGAAGGCUACACAAAGCCAUGGACUACAGACAGUACUUUGUGACAUGGUUGUCCAUUAUUAUGUAUUAUAAUCAAAAUGUUUACUUAAAUAAAGAAAAAUCCACUAAACUA